CGGCGUGCGCGCUCCCGCCGUCUCCCGCCGUAUUCCUGGCAUGACCUUUUCCCUUGGCAACCACUUCCUUCCUCCGAGCAUCCAACGGCCAUCUUUAAUCGCAAUUCGGCCACCCAAAAAGUUCUUUUCUCGCAUGGGAUCACGGCGGAGCGGCUCGUUUGGCGGCACCGUGGACGUGGAGUGAGGUUACUACUCUCCGGAGACGACCGCCCCCCCUCCCUCACUCGCGAACCGAACCGGGGCUGUUGCGUUAACGCCACAAUAACGAAGAAUGAGGAAGAAGCAGACGGCCAAGCAGAGGAAGACAGAAGACUCCGUUGUGCAGGAGUAUGUAGUGGAGAAGAUCACUCGUCGUAGGAUCUUCAAUGGAAGAGUGGAGUACUUCCUCAAGUGGAAAGGCUUCACAGAUGCAGACAACACAUGGGAGCCUGAGGACAACCUGGACUGUCCUGAACUGAUUGAGGAGUAUCUGAGAAAUCGCCUCUCGCCCGAGAAUGAGGAAGAAGAGCAGGGGUUGGUUCCUAAGGAAGAAAUGACAGAGGAGACGGAAAUAUCCCCACCGCAGAUGCACACUCUACACUGCGGUGACAAUCCAGACUCGCCCGUCGACUUGGGAGCUUACCCCGAGCUUGAAUGCAUCAUCGGCUCCACAGACAGACGAGGAGAGCUCAUGUUUUUAGUCAAAUGGAAGGACUCGGGUGACGUGGCCCUGCUGCCGGCCCACGAGGCGAGCGCCAGGUGCCCUCAGGCGGUCAUCGACUUCUAUGAGCAGAAGUUGACCUGGCACUGCGGAGACGACGAGCAGUGACUCGCACGGUCGUUCGUGGGUCGAGGUGAACAAGUUUUCUUUCAAGUUUUUUUAGUUUUACCUCUGGAGCGGCGUCGCUCAGCUGACCUCAAGCACAUAACGGUGGUCGUGCUCGCCUUGCGAUAGACACUCCGCGCUGCCUUUUUUUGCAGCUGAUUUACCUGUAGCCUCCUCUUGUUAUUAUGUAGCACACCCAAUCACUGUGGACUGUUUAUAUCAUUUUUAAGGGAGUAAGUUCAUAUUUCUGCUCGUUUGUUUUCCUUUUUUUCUGUGUGUUGUAGCACAUUGCACUAAAGCUUUAGUCAGGGGCACAACAAGGAAUUGUAUGUGACCCAAGAACUAGCAGCGAUGUAAACUCAAUCCUGUCAAAGGCAACUUGCAGUGCAUUUCAUGUUUGAAUAUCAAAGUAAAAGUACUUUUUCUAAUCUUUAAUCAUUUUGGAAACCCUGUGGAAUUAUGUGAAUUGUGUCUUGAAGCAGUAGCUAGAAAAUGAAGUACACUACUUCAGUGGUUCUCAAACUUUUUAAACAAAGUAAUACCUCAAAAAAUACAACCCCUAUUCCAAUGAAGUUGGGAUGUUGGGUUAAACGUAAAUAAAAACAGAAUACAAUGAUUUGCAAAUCAUGUUUAACCUAUAUUUAAUUGAAUACACUACAAAGACUACUGUUUUUACUUACUAUUUAGCAAAUAGUCAUUAAAUCAGAAUUUUAUAGCUGCAACACGUUCCAAAAAAGCUGGGCCAGGGUCAUGUUUACCACUGGGUUACAUCCCCUUUUCUUUGAACAACAUUCAAUAAACGUUUGGGAACUGAGGGCACUAAUUGUUGAAGCUUUGUUGGUGGAAUUCUUUCCCAUUCUUGCUUGAUGUACAGCUUCAGCUGUUCCAGUCCGGGGUCUCCGUUGUCAUAUUUUACGCUUCAUAAUGCGCCACACAUUUUCAAUGGGAGACAGGUUUGGACCGCACGCAGGCCAGUAUAGUAUCGGCACUCUUUUACUACAAAGCCACGCUGUUGUAACAUGUGCAGAAUGUGGUUUGGCAUUGUCUUGCUGAAAUAAGCAGGGGCGUCCAUGAAAAAGACGUUGCUUGGAUGGCAGCAUAUGUUUCUCCAAAACCUAUAUGCACCUUUCAGCAUUAAUGGUGCCUUCACAGAUGUGUAAGUUACCCAUGCCAUUGGCACUAACACAGCCCGAUGCCAUCACAGAUGCUGGCUUUUGAACUUUGCGUCCAUAACAGUCCAGACGGUUCUUUUCCUCUUUGGCCCAGAGGACACGACAUCCAUAAUUUCCAAAAACAAUUUGACAUGUGGACUCUUCGGACCACAGAACACUUUUGCACUUUGCAUCAGUCCAUCUUAGAUGAGUUCGGGCCCAGAGAAGCCGGCGGCGUUUCUGGGUGUUGAGUCUCCUCUGAGUGUCCUCAGUUCCCAAACGUUUAUUGAAUGUUGUUAAAAGAAAAGGUGAUGUAACACAGUGGUAAACAUGACUGUCCCAGCUUUUUUGGAACGUGUUGCCUUAAGUUAAUGAUUAUUUGCUAAAAACAAUAAAGUUUGAACAUUAAAUAUCUUGUCUUUGUAGUGUAUUCAAUUAAAUAUAGGUCAAACAUGAUUUGCAAAUCAUUGUGUGUUUUUAUUUGUUCAACACAACAUCCCAACUUCAUUGGAAUUGGGGUUGUACUUAAAAAUAGCUCUUCAAGUACAACCUUGAUGGUCAACAUUAAAAGCGUAGUAGGCCAAAGUGUUCAUUUACAUCAUGUAUUCCUAAAAGGUGUUUCAGGUUAUUGUAAGCCACUGUAAUAUUUCACACAUCUUAAAGGAAAAUAAAAAAACUACUUAAAUAAUGAUUCAAUUUAAGAGAUUCACUGCCAUUGAUGGCUUUAAAAGUCAAAUAUCCAUGUUAACUGGGAAGGCUGGCAGUGAAUCAUCUCCAAGUUGCAUGAUUCUGCUUAAGUCAACUCAAGAAUGGAAACAACAUUGCAUCGUAUUAAAAAUGCUAUUUUUUUGUUAUUUGAUUGUUAAUCUUCCCCAUAGUCAAUCAAGGAAAUUGAGUCAAAUGUCCAUUCCAGGUAUUUAUAUGAAAAUUUCGCCGAGCAUGCAUAUGCAGUUUUUUCAAAAACGUUAUCCAAAAAUAUUUUUGCCCCCCAUUUUCGGUUAGUCUCAACGUUUUUUUGAUUGAAACCUUAUUGUGCCCCUGAGUCCAAAUUUGUAUUUUAUUUUUUUUUUUUAAUGCAAUGUGUGUUUUGUGUUUAUGUGAAAAUCUACUUUCAUUAUUGUCCCGUGAUGCUCAUUUUCAAAGUACCUAAAGCUUUCAAAUAAAUGUAGCAGAGUAGAGGUUUUGGGUAAUGAAACCACUCUGUUUGGGGGGGGGGAAUGUAUUUUGUGGCUGAUGUUUUAUUCAAACUUGUUGCCCAGCAUAUUUCCAAUGAGCUGCUUUGUACCAAAUGUUUUCUGUGCCCUUUUUUUUUUUUUUUUUUUUUCUUUCUUUCUUUUUUUUUAUAUAAAUAUAAAGAGAUUGACUUAAAUUCAUUCAAACUGGUGCUGUUCACCACAGAAAUUAGCAAAAAAAAAAAAAAAAGUCGCCUUACUGCC